AUGGCUGAUGAUCUUGAUUAUUGUACCAAAUGUCGUCAACAAAUUUCUGGAGAUCCCCCAGGUGUAACUGCUUUAGGCCAGCCAUACCAUGUUACUUGUUUUUGUUGUGAUCAAUGUCAAAAACAAUUGGCUGGUUGCUCUUUCUAUGCGGUUGAUGGAAAAAAUUUGUGUCAAGUUGAUUAUAUGAAUUCUCUUGAGAAAUGUGGCAAAUGUAAAAUGCCUAUUACACAAAAAAUUCUUCGAGCACUCGGAAAAGCUUUCCACCCAGAAUGCUUUGUCUGCCCCACUUGUCAAAAAUCUUUGGAUGGCAUUCAAUUUACUGUGGAUUCUGAAAAUUCAGCUUAUUGUCUCGAUUGUUUCCAUGAAAGGUUUUCUCCAAGAUGUGCUUCUUGCCUAAAAGUAAUCGCCCCUAGCGGCAAUGAAACAGAAGUUGCUCGUGUAAUUGCUAUGGAUCGAAGCUACCAUUUAGAUUGUUACAAAUGUGAAGAUUGUGGAUUAAAGCUCAAUUCAAAAAUUGAAGGGCAAGGCUGUUACCCAUUGGAAUCACAUCUUUUUUGCAAAAAUUGCAAUUUGAAACGACUUAAACUUGUCAAAUAA